AAUUUGAUGCAAAAGUGGCAAAGGUCCCUCUCAUUUUGCUGUUCUCUGAAUCUUUCCACCAAACUUGGGAUUAUUCAUUCAGAAUAUGAGCAGCAAUGAUCUUUCAUCAUCUUCCUCAUCGCCGAUGUCAUGCUUGGGUCACUUCUGCUCAUCGGCUCUCAGAGCCAAACCUCUGGCUCCGCCGUCGUCGGAGACUUCCGUUCGUACAAACUCUGGCCAAGGCCUCAUCCGUCGUCUCAGCCUCUUUGACAUGAUUCUCCUAGGCAUUGGCGCCUCCAUUGGUGCCGGCAUCUUCGUCAUCACCGGCACAGUUGCUCGCGACGCUGGCCCCGGGGUCACAAUUAGCUUCAUUAUUGCUGGAGCAUCUUGUGUGCUUAAUGCACUCUGUUAUGCUGAGCUAGCUUCUCGAUUUCCUGCAGUUGUUGGAGGAGCUUACUUAUACACCUACACAGCUUUCAAUGAGCUGACUGCAUUUCUCGUGUUUGGUCAAUUGAUGCUUGACUACCACAUUGGUGCAGCCAGUAUAGCCCGUAGCUUGGCAGGUUAUGUAGUUUCAUUACUUGAGCUCAUUCCAUCUCUCAGAGAUAAUAUCCCUGCCUGGGUGGGGCAUGGUCAAGAUAUUUCUGGAGUAUUAUCUAUAAAUGUGCUUGCUCCGAUUCUGCUAGUACUUCUGACUAUAGUCCUAUGCUGGGGCGUAGGAGAAUCUUCUAUUGUAAACUCUGUCAUGACGGUCACAAAGGUAGCCAUUGUUUUUGUUGUCAUCAUUGUUGGAGCUUUUAAGGUGGAUGUUUCAAAUUGGACGCCUUUUGCUCCAAAUGGUUUUGGAGCAAUACUGACUGGAGCAACUGUUGUAUUCUUUGCAUAUGUUGGAUUUGAUGCAGUUGCUAAUUCUGCUGAAGAAUCUAGGAGACCACAGCGGGACUUACCAUUAGGCAUAAUGGGGAGCCUUCUCGUCUGUGUUGUAUUAUAUGUUGGUGUUUGCUUGGUGAUUACUGGAAUGGUCCCUUACCAAUUUCUUGGAGAAGAUGCUCCUUUGGCUGAAGCUUUUAAAUCCAAGGGCCUAAAUUUUGUAGCUGUCCUAAUCAGCUUUGGUGCUGUUGCUGGACUGACUACCACCCUUCUGGUUGGGCUUUACGUUCAGUCACGACUGUAUCUUGGGAUUGGAAGGGAUGGCUUGCUUCCAUCAAUUUUUUCUAAAGUGCAUCCAACUCGGCAUACCCCCAUUUAUUCGCAAAUCUGGGCUGGUAUUAUUGCUAUGGUGUUGGCUGGGCUCUUAAAUAUACAUGUACUCUCACAUAUUCUCUCUGUUGGUUCACUGACGGGCUAUUCUGUUGUUUCAGCAUGUGUGAUAACUCUCCGCUGGAAGGAUAAGAAUACAAGUAGGUUUUCUACUAGGUGGAUUUCAAAGAGAGGAGAAGGAAUCAUUUGCCUCGUAACAAUAGCCUGUUGUGGUUUUGCUAGUGGUUGCAUUUUCCGUUUUGGUGCUUCAUUUAUUUUUGUCAUUGUAGCUGCAGUUAUCGCAAUCCUUGCUGCUCUUGCUCUUCACUUCUGGCAGAUUUAUACAGAUCCACCUGGUUUUUCUUGUCCUGGAGUUCCUAUUAUGCCAGCUAUAUGCAUUUUUCUCAACAUUUUUCUGUUUGCCCAGUUACAUUAUGAAGCCUGGGUCAGAUUUGUUGUUCUGAGCAUCAUUAUGGUUGGUAUUUAUGCAUUCUAUGGGCAGUAUCAUGCUAAUCCUGUAAGUUCAGAUACAUCAAUUGUCUAUCAUAGGGCCCCUGCAGAAGAAACUAAAUAGCUCUCUGUAGCAGUCAAAUUAUUUUAGAUGUAUAGUUAUCUCUUGUAAUGUUUGCCUGUAUAUCCUGAAGAGUUCCUGUUGUACCACAUAGCGACAUUGCUUUCAUCCUUCAGAACAGAAUUUGUUGCAUACAUGAGGAGGUGUUGGAUGAAAAGUACAUAAGCUAGGUUUCUCCUUGUAAUCACAUGAUUUUCCUGUAAACUACUGCGAUUUUGAUAAACGGAUUUUAUUCCAUGUAGAACUAUGCUGUCCAUACUAUCUUGUAUUGUUAAUUUUUGCAGAUA